GACUUGCCGGCCUUGAGCACGGGGCGUACCGGCGCGGUGUGCCGGCGCUCGCGCAUCCCCGCGUGCGACCGCGCCCGUUCAGUUCAAAUUCUACCGCCGCGUCCGGCAGACGCGGCUACAGUGCCACCUUACCCCAACCUACCCCUGUGCUUGUGACUAUACCAGUGCGUGAUACAAACCUCAAACAUGGUCGCCGGAGGAAAACAGAUGAACGUCCGUGUGACGACGAUGGACGCGGAACUGGAGUUCGCGAUCCAGCAGACCACCACCGGCAAGCAGCUGUUCGACCAGGUGGUGAAGACCAUCGGGCUGCGCGAGGUGUGGUUCUUCGGCCUGCAGUACACCGACUCCAAGGGCGAUCUCACAUGGAUCAAACUGUAUAAGAAGGUGAUGCAACAGGACGUUAAGAAGGAAAAUCCGCUGCAGUUCAAGUUCCGAGCCAAAUUCUAUCCUGAGGACGUCGCCGACGAACUCAUACAGGAGAUCACACUCAAGCUCUUCUACCUUCAGGUGAAGAAUGCAAUCCUAUCAGACGAGAUAUACUGCCCGCCGGAGACGUCGGUGUUGCUCGCGUCGUACGCGGUGCAGGCGCGGCACGGAGACCACAACCCCUCCGUGCACGGGCCCGGCUUCCUCGCCAACGACCGCCUGCUGCCGCAGCGGGUCACCGACCAACAUAAGAUGUCCCGCGAAGAGUGGGAGCAGAGCAUCACGAACUGGUGGCAGGAGCACCGCGGGAUGCUGCGCGAGGACGCCAUGAUGGAGUACCUGAAGAUCGCGCAGGACCUGGAGAUGUACGGCGUCAACUACUUCGAGAUCAGGAACAAGAAGAACACCGAGCUGUGGCUCGGCGUCGACGCGCUCGGACUCAACAUAUACGAGAAGGAUGACAAACUAACACCGAAAAUCGGCUUCCCAUGGUCUGAAAUCCGCAACAUAUCGUUCAACGACCGCAAGUUCAUAAUCAAGCCGAUCGACAAGAAGGCGCCGGACUUCGUGUUCUUCGCGCCGCGUGUUCGCGUCAACAAGCGCAUCCUCGCGCUGUGUAUGGGCAACCACGAGCUGUACAUGCGCCGGCGCAAGCCCGACACCAUCGACGUGCAGCAGAUGAAGGCGCAGGCCAGGGAGGAGAAACUCGCCAAGCAGGCGCAGAGAGAGAAGCUGCAGCUGGAGAUCGCGGCUCGCGAGCGUGCCGAGAAGAAACAGCAGGAGUACGAGGACAGACUCCGCCAGAUGCAGGAGGAGAUGGAACGUUCACAGGCGAAUCUCCUGGAAGCGCAGGACAUGAUCAGACGACUGGAGGAGCAGCUGCGUCAGCUGCAGGCCGCCAAGGAGGAGCUCGAGCGUCGCCAGAACGAGCUGCAGGCUAUGAUGCAGCGGCUAGAGGAGACCAAGAACAUGGAGGCGGCCGAGCGCGCCAAGUUGGAGGAGGAGAUCCGCGCCAAGCAGGAGGAGGUCAUGCGCAUACAGACCGAGGUCGAGCAGAAGGACACCGAGACGCGCCGCCUGCAGGAGGAGGUCGAGGAGGCGCGCCGCAAGCAGGACGAGGCGGCAGCGGCGCUGGCGGCGGCCACGACCCCGCAGCACCACCACGUGUCGGAGAGCGGCGCGGAGACAGCGGAGGCGGAGGGCGCGGAGGGCGCGGACGGCGACGGCUCGGACGGCGGCUCCGAGUCCGGCGUGGGCGAGCUGACGCGCGCGCCCGACGACCUGGUGGACCCGCUGGCCGAGCGCCGCACGCUCGCCGAGCGCUCCGAGCGCCUCCACAACCAGCUCAAGGUGCCGCACUCUACUACUCACUCACACUUACACCACACGCGAGCUGGUGGACCCGCUGGCCGAGCGCCGCACGCUCGCCGAGCGCUCCGAGCGCCUCCACAACCAGCUCAAGGUGCCGCACUCUACUACUCACUCACACUUACACCACACGCGAGCUGGUGGACCCGCUGGCCGAGCGCCGCACGCUCGCCGAGCGCUCCGAGCGCCUCCACAACCAGCUCAAGGUGCCGCACUCUACUACUCACUCACACUUACACCACACGCGAGCUGGUGGACCCGCUGGCCGAGCGCCGCACGCUCGCCGAGCGCUCCGAGCGCCUCCACAACCAGCUCAAGGUGCCGCACUCUACUACUCACUCACACUUACACCACACGCGAGCUGGUGGACCCGCUGGCCGAGCGCCGCACGCUCGCCGAGCGCUCCGAGCGCCUCCACAACCAGCUCAAGGUGCCGCACUCUACUACUCACUCACACUUACACCACACGCGAGCUGGUGGACCCGCUGGCCGAGCGCCGCACGCUCGCCGAGCGCUCCGAGCGCCUCCACAACCAGCUCAAGGUGCCGCACUCUACUACUCACUCACACUUACACCACACGCGAGCUGGUGGACCCGCUGGCCGAGCGCCGCACGCUCGCCGAGCGCUCCGAGCGCCUCCACAACCAGCUCAAGGUGCCGCACUCUACUACUCACUCACACUUACACCACACGCGAGCUGGUGGACCCGCUGGCCGAGCGCCGCACGCUCGCCGAGCGCUCCGAGCGCCUCCACAACCAGCUCAAGGCGCUGAAGCAAGACCUGGCGCAGUCGCGCGACGAGACCAAGGAGACCGCCAUGGACAAGAUCCACCGCGAGAACGUGCGUCAGGGCCGCGACAAGUACAAGACCCUGCGCGAGAUCCGCAAGGGCAACACCAAGCGGCGCGUCGACCAGUUCGAGAACAUGUAACCGGACACCGCCACCCACUCACGUAUACACCAUUUUGUACUUUUGAUACGUCACGUGACACGCCGCGUGAGUGGACCGACUGCGCCCGCGAGUCAUUAUAUACACCCUUUUGCCACACAUGUAAUGUUUGUUGUUGCGUGAGCGCACGCGACCGACACUGUCCUUUUAUUUACAAAUCAUGAAUUGGGCAUGCGAGGAGCGGAUUUAUCAUUACCAAGAUAUAUCUGAUUUUAAGGUUUUUUAAAUAGCUUAAUUUAACAUUUUAUUGUUCUCCUGCUUAUAGAAUAUUUUGUCUACUAUGCUGCCAUUUUUGAUAAACUAUGACAUAUAACUAAACCUUUUGAUAUUCUAAAUAUUGAAUUUUAAUUCAAAUGUUAUCAUAAUGGUAAGACCAGUCUGUUUCUCGCGGCUUUAAAAAAUAUUUUUGUAAAAUAUGGUAGUCCAAAAUAUCUUCCAUUAGUGUCGGUCGCGUGUGCGGAUGUCAAUACAAUACUCGCAAAUUACCUUGACCGGUCUGAAGUUAGUUCCAACACCGGCCUGUGCGCCUCCUUUCCCCCUUCAGUCUGCAACGCUGCUUGCAGCUAACUUCGCACCGGUCAACAUACAUUGCGCGUAUUGUGACAGAUUUGAUGAUCGAGCGUAACUUAUAUUCACGCACCGUCCGGGCGAAAGGGCCGGCAGAGAAAGCGUGCCAAUUUCACUGAAACGUUAGACCUAAACUCGCGACUCGCGUCGGCCCCGACAUGUAUUGUCAACUGUAACUGAUGAGGUCAAAUUAGUAUGUGGUGCUUACGUGUUACGAACAAUAAGGACUCGUCGGACGAUGUAGUCGAAACUAUAUAAUGUAAAUAUUGAUUAUUACAUAAUAGUAAUAUUAUUUUAGACCAUGUGCUAUAUAAUCCAUAUAAUAUGUAUACAUCUCGAGGGCCCGUCGCGGCGACGGACCCGCGGGCGACCCUACGGGCACACAGAUGCGUCUUAUAUUAUACCUAUUAUAAUAAAUUAAUUAUAUAUAUUUUUCUAAAUAUUGGAAUUAAUUAUUUUGCAAUUAUUCGGGAGGAUAGCGUACGAGUCAAAUUAGCGAGCUGUGUGCAUAUUGUUCAGCAUUUUUUUUUAUUAAUUCGUGGUAGAAUCGUUUUAUUAUAGUUUGUCUGUUGAUUAUUUUAGUGAUAUGCGGUUGUUUGUCGUGGGAUGUAGACGGGCCUCGGACCGGCGAGACCAUCACGCUCCGAUGUGGUGUAGGCAGUAGCGUCGAGUGUUUGACGACUGGAGUUUGCUCAAAGUGACGCGUCCGCAGUCUCGUCUGAGCGAGAAGAGCGAGUGGCGAGGGUAGGAGGAGGGGGGAGGGGUGAAAGGGAGGGGAGCGACGCCCCUUAUUUAUUUUUAUAAUCAUUUAUAUUUUAGAUAUAGGAGUUGAAUUAGCGCCUUCAAGUGUAAUGUAUAUGAUUCAGUGCGGUUCUCAUGAGUGCGCGUUGUCGCUGAUAUUAUUGAAUAUUGACUAUUGGUACACGUCGGUUGUCGAUCAUUUCCCGUUGUUUCAUUGUGUCUGAACAAAAUUGUCCACGUCGAGUAGAAGGCACACGUUCGUAUGCUUGUAGGAAGUGUAUAAUUUAAUGUUAAGUGAAUAAAAGGCAUUCCAUAAGUUACGAUGCGGUGGCGUCUUGAUACUUUUGAUAAACAUUGUUUUGAAAUUUGUUUGUUUGUUUGUGUGUACGUGCCAUCCGUCUCGCGCCCGGCAGCGGCCUUCACACACCGUGUCUUGGCAUUGUUUUCUAAAAUUAUACAAUAUACCAAGUUGCCUUCAAUAUAGGAUGAAUUUUUUUUCCAAUAAAAUGUUUAAGUAAAUAUAA